GCCAAUGCAUGUAACGCCAUAAUCACAGGGUCAACAACCAUCAAUUUAUUACGCUGUGAUUUAAAGAACCACUGCAGCUAGCAUAACGUUGUAUUACAGACAAUAUCUGUCACUUAAGGUCGACUCCGGUUCUUUUACAUCUUGAAGCUAGCUAACGUUAACGGUAGCGUUAGCAAAGCAGCCCCAAGUAUGGCGGAGGUUCCCGGGACAUCAAGUGAGACCAUAACGGAGACCGUUCAGACGAGCACGCCGCCGCCGCCCCAGCAGGAGGGACGAAGCCUGACAAUCAAGCUGAGGAAGAGGAAGACUGAGAAGAAGGUGGAGUGGUCAAGUGACACUGUUGACAAUGAGCACCUAGGAAGAAGGUCUUCAAAGUGCUGCUGUAUUUAUGAGAAGCCCCGACAGUUUGGAGAGUCAUCCUCUGAAAGCGAAGGAGAUGAUGAUGAAGGGUGCGGCAGUGCUCACUGUAUCCUGGGCCACGGCAGGAGAGGCCAUGGACAGAGAGGGAGCGGGGGUACCACAGUGCCCCCAAACUCCGGAGGGUCACACACCCACUAAUGAGCACUGCAGGCUGAUGGUGGGCUCCACAAUAAAACUGCACUUUUUUUUUCUUUAGUUCCAUCACUGAGGUACAGGCAGGCCUGGUGCUGUGUUCUAGUCAUGACUCAGAAAGUCCCCGCUGCUGGAGCAGGGUUACAGCCUCUGUACUGCUGCUCUGAGAGCAAUGAGGAUUAUUGAAUUGGCCUAAUUUAAAAUGCUGCUCUCCUUUCAACAGCUAAAAGCAUGCUCAGUAUUGUGCCAACUGGCAUAUGGAACAUGAAAUGAUACCACGUUCACCUCUUACAUCUCUUUUUAGCUUUUAUCACAAAGGAGAAUGCUGUGGUGAUAAUAGAAUUUAAAGGUCAUUCCCAGUCUUUUUGCAUGUUUUAGCCUUUUAUUACAAAUCACACACAGUAUGCAUUACAUCACUGCUAAGCAUUUUCCAAAGCAUGCUGUAAGAUGGUACAAUUUGAAAUGCUUUCCUAUUUCCCAGGCACCCAUUGGUUUCCUUUCAUUUCAUUAUUCUAUAAAAAUAAACUUUAAGGUUUGUAAUCCAUCACAGUGAACAUCGGGUUUAGUUACAUUUUUGUCAGAGAUGUGUAGAAAUGCAAUUAUGGUUGCAAUUGAAAAUUGUUAUCAUCAAUUAAUCUGCUGAGUAUUUUUUCUUGUAUUGUCCAAAAGUCCAAAGAUAUUCACUUUGCAUAUAAAAAAAACAAAUAAUGGAUACAACCAUGGUUUUAAUACCGCCUGGAAGUUAGAAAUAGCUUUCAAAAACGUAGUAUGAUUGAAAGUCAGCAGCAGUCAUGUAAACAACAUGUGAUUUGUCAUAAAUAAACUAUAACAUAUAAAAACACUAGUUAUGUACUUACUCUAUAUGGUGUAUGUUGUGUAGUGAUAUCACCUCACUAUGUUGGGAAAAAAACCAGCAACAUGGAUUAUUGAAAAUUCUGUUCCUUCAACAGCUGAGACAUGUUUGCUCUUGUUCUGACUGGUGUAAUUAGCAUUGAAUGGCAGCGCCUGCAGGUGUUUAACCCUUUAAGGACAGACGGUGCUGAUGACAGAAUUGGACUCUACUAAUGUGUUGCAUGUUUUGGCCUGAUUUUGCCCUUUUCCUACAAAUCACACUCAUGUCCAGUACAUUACAUAACAGGGGCCUAUUUUCAAGUGUGUGACAUAGUGAUUUUCACCCCUGUGGUAAAAUCAGUGGACAGAAAAUUAAGAAACCCAAAACUAUUUGGAGUGCUUUGCAAAAUGAUCAUUAGCAGUAAUGUUGAUGACAUGGGAUAUGUCAUGAAUUAGCUAAAACAUAUGAAGGCACAAGUUGUAAUGUCAUCAUAAUCAGAUCACUGCAGAUCCAUGCUUGUAAUUCCAACUGGAAAUGCAAUCACCUGCACUUUACCCAGCAGCACAUUUGACUUUCAAACUGUGAAGCAUCUCUGGAACGCAGCAUACAGAUUGUUAGGAGCUUUGUAGAGGUGACUCGUCGAAAGGCCAAAACAUUUGUCUGACUGUAUAUUUUGUUUUUGAUAAAGUGGCAGAGUUAAUUGUACAUAAUACAGCACAUUGCUUUGUUGUUUAAUUUGCUGGUCUUAAUUCUAAAUUAGCUAAUACUUGACAUGCAGUCGACCACAGUCUGUAGAGUAAAGCUGCAAUUACAAACCAGUAUGUGAGGAGUGGAAUUAGAAGAAGAUUGAAGACUAGACAUCAACAAAGAUAUCCCUUAUUUAGUUAAGUACUUGCUGUUUCUGACACCAGUUUUAGUUAUUGCCAGCUUUUGUGCUGACAGAACACAUUACACUAGACUUUACUACAUUUUAUCUUGAUGUGUUUUUAGCACCAACAGUCUGAUCCAUUUGAGAGCCCAGCCCUGGUACCUGUUCUUCUCCAUGAACUCGACCUACCUGUAGAUCAUUUAACACAAGCCUGUUUUUUUGCAGUUCUGCAAACCUGUUAGAAACUUUAUCUGGAGCUGUUGUGAUCACAAGGAGACCAUAAACCCAAACUUGAAAAGUUAAUCACAGUAAUCUGGAUCAUGACUAAAACCAGAUGCCUCCUUUCCCUAGAGUCUCCAAUAGCAGAAACAUUGAUUUAUCUAUCAUUUUAGGUGAGAACAUGUACAUUUUUUUGACAACAUGAAAUUGUAACUUUCAAAAGAAUUAUACAAAAAUCAUAACAGAUGAUCAGUUAGUCAAUCGAUGUACCUAACAAAUCAGAUCCUUAACUGUGUCUGAAGGAUCACAUUCAAAAGAACCAUUUGAACUGGUUGAAACCAUGUUACUCUGGGUUACUGAAUCCAUGUUUGAAGAACACAGUCCUGAUCUUCUAACUGUACUGUAUAACUAAAUUGAUGCUAAUCUAAUUGUUGAAGAUGUAACAUGACCAAGGAUUUUUAAGGUUUUCCAAGACAACAUCAAUUUUAUGUCGAGCUGAUGCCUGAUGACAAAAAUCCUUCAGUUAAAAAGUUGGAGAAGUUGAACCACAUUCACUGUCAAAUUGACUUAGUUAACCUCGUACAUUCAUUAUUUUCUAGAACAAAUGACUGCUUGUUUUGGGCUUGCAAUUUUCAAAUCAUUUUCAGAAGGUUUCCUGGAAAAAGUGACAUGAUUUGGUCUCAAUUACAAGGAAGGAGUGGCAGUGUUGAUGAAUGAAUGAAUUGUAUCUAAUUCCAAUGAAUUGCUUGUGUAACCCUGAGAGUCUUUCUUCAGAGCACAGCAGGUCAGCAGAAUGAUGCGUUAAUACAGCAUACUCCAUACUACCAAUACUAUACAGAAUUGUUAGAACUGUGUAUAGAGGAGAACAUGGAUGUCAUUAAAAUAUCAAGAUCUGUCAUUCAAAGUGUUCAUCGUUAUAAACACAUGUACAUAUGCAUGCUCAAAAUACAGUAAGAUGAAAUCAUUACUUUGAAACAUCACUGCUCCAAAUCUGGUUUUAAUUACUUUAAGCUGAAGUGACAAAUUUAUCUUCAAGUUUCUGUUAGUAAAACAAUGGAAUGACAAAACAUUAGACAUUUAGGCACUGAAAUGUAUUCAUGAAGUGAGAGUCAAUGUUCAUCCAGACAGCUGAGCACAGUUCACAAAUGGGUCUACAAAUUCAUCUCUUGUUUGAGAGUGCCUUCAGUCCUGAGGCUUAAGAUGAUUUAGUGUUAUAUUUUGGGUGAUAAUUUGGCCAAUAUUAGCUGAUCUUUUCACAGAUCUACUGGCUGAUAUAUUAUUCCUCAGUUUUAAACAGGAGUAUUGAUGUCAGUAUUGGCCUCAGAAGUCCAGGAUCUUUUUGGCUAUGUUUAGAACAUGUUUGAAGGUGAGGGACAUUACUAACGGCCACAGCACCAGUUUGCUGUGAAGAAUUAACUUCAGCUAAGAUUGAAACAUCUAAUCUCCACCUGUGCUGGAAGAACUGAAUUCACUGGACUAAAAUAUCCAGAUUACUUUAUCUGGCUAACAUAAUGUAAGCUUGGAUUUGUUAUACAUUAUUGGAAGAAUUGGGGGGGGGGGGCAACUUAAAGUUCUCUCAAAUUCAGUCACUUGUGUUGAAUAGCUGUUUAGCUCUCACUUCCUUACCCAAAGCUUUUGAUCGUUUUUGCAGAGCUCUAACUGUCAGUUUGCUGUAAUAAUUGAUUUUGCACGUUGUUCCCUGACAGCAUUAGAUUCAAUGGAAACUCAUUAACAGAGGAGUGGUGGUGUUUUUAACUUAGAAAUCCUUUGCAUUUUUGCAUCAGACUAAUUGGUUGUUCUUUGCAUAGCAGUUAAUAAUAAAUAAGGUAAUGCAUUUCUGCUAAUACAGUCAUUCCCCGAACUCCUUGGAUGAAGCACCAUAGUUGCCCAUUAAAUUCAGCAUUGUCUGUUCACUUCAUGAACACUGUUUAAAGACUAUGGGUAUUUGUGCAUUUCCUGCUGUGCUCUGAGGAGUGGCUGACAUGUUUCUAAGGUUGAAUCAGGUUUUAUGUGUGUCCCUGAAUCACAGCUAAUGUAGCGUAAAGGAAGGGAGAGGUGAAGGUGCAUGACUGCUGGCCCAGGGUCUGUACUUGUGUCACAGCUAUGACCAAAACUCACCGGAUGCAGGCAUCAUCAUCAUCAUCAUCUUUCAGUUUCAGCCCAUGUUGUGUGGAUUACACUCAGUUCAUUUAUGCCACCACUUUAUGUACUAUGUAUACACAUUGACAUUGUUACAUAUGUACAUUGUUCUUGUACUGGUAUUGCACCUUUCUGUAUAUACUAUUAAGCAUAAGAGAGCAGAUUUAAUGUGAAUUAAAGUUUUGA